AUGGUCCCCGCAGCUCGUUCAACAAAUGUCCUAGACGACAACAACACGGCAGAUGAGGCAGCUGACCUUGCGAAAGCCGAGGUCAUCCAGCAAGGUGCGGCGGAGACACUCUGCCGCAUACUUGGCCAGCCAGGCAAGUUGACGUCGACCGACCGGAGCCUCGUGAAGAUUGCGGAUAUCGUUCGCGACGUGGAUUGGUCGGUGAACUCGGUGGGCGAGCCUAUCGAACGGCCUCUGAACUCUCAGGGGCAGUCUUCGGCCUUCCUUCUGCAGGCUCGUGGGCGUGUCGCAAAUGAACCCUGCUCCUCGUGCGCUUCAAACCCCAAUCCAUUUCAGUCCUGUGUCGCUGCUCCCUCGUAUAAGGACAUGUUCGGCGAGCUUCGAUCGCAUCUGCAACGCACGAGGGAGGAACCACUGAGUGAAUGGGACCCAGCGGAUAGAAAGUAUGCGCUCAUCGCUUUUAAGCACGUCUGCCAGUACGUUGCUAGAGCCAGCAAGGUCCUCGUUUCCACCAAUAACAACCUGGGCCCUAAACGUGUCGAGGACAUCCGUGCCGCAUUCGUCUCCUGCUACGCUGUUACGGAGACGAAUGGAUCAUUGAAGGUGCUGCUCCCUUGCACGAGCUUACAGAGAACGUUUCUCCCGGUUUUGAAGAAUAUAGGCGGUCAUCUUAUACUGUAG